CUUCAAUUUUUGUGUUCGUGUGCGCGUGCCACUGUACCGAGUGUCGAGUACAAGAGAACACCGCUCACCUGUACCUCGCUGCACGUACCAUCCUCGAAGUCCCCGCGCAGGUCUUCCUCUGACUCUCGUCGUCGCCUUUGCCUCUCCUGUGCAGUUUCGCUUUGCCAUCUCAACCACCAUGACUGAGAGGCGUAAUGGCCGAAAGAAGCGCUUUUUCGAUGUGUUCCGUCGACAUCAGUCCUCUACGCCCGCGCAAGCCCCGCGACCUGCGAGUCCGGCUUCGAUGGCAGAGGGAUCUCAUCGUCUCACAUCUCUCCUGGACUGGCCGCAUUCCUCGCCCUCCCUGCAAAUACCGAGGUCGCGAAGCCUAUCUUCAACUCGGAGAACAUCCACCUUGCAGGCAGUGCGCUCGCAAGCAGACUCGCUGCCCGGGCAUCCGGACGCCCGCUUCCUAGCGGGCACCUCCGAAUCUGAUGCUCUCAGCUCACGCGACCAGGCUGCCGAUCCAGGCGACGGCGUUGAACCUACUGCACCGUCUGAGUCCCCCAGUAGGAUGAUGGCAGGCCUAGCCAUCUUCAAAAGCGCACUGCAGAUCACGGAGAAGGUCGCCGAUGUAUUUACCCCUCUCAAGCUAGCUGUGGGAGGUCUGCUGGGAAUCCUCGAAUGGGUCGAGACGGUCGUUGACGUGGAUGAAAGCUUCGAGCACAUUGCAAACAAGGUUACCCUCAUGGCGGAGAUGGUUGAAGUAUAUCGGUCUAUGGACUCUCUACCCUCAGGCAGUCAAGACGAGAUGACGAAGUAUCUUGACAAGGUCGCGGAAACACUCGACGGAGUGAAGAAAAUCGUACAGAAGAAACAGGACCGCAAGAUUGUUAAACGCAUAGUGCUUGCGCCAGCCGACAAACAGGCGGUCGUAGAUCAGCUUCGUGAUGUGGACUCUGCCAUAGAGCUUUUCCUCGUGUCGGCUCAUGUGAAGCAGGUCAAGCUUCUGCGAGAUCAGCGUCAGAGCUUUCUCAUGAAGCAACUCGACGCGAUCGUAUCCGCGCGUCACAGUGCAGUUGAUAUCCCUUCCUGCACGAAGGAAACACGCAUUCAACUGCUGGACGAUAUCUGUGCGUGGGCAGCAUACAGGCAAGGCAAAGACACGGAUGCACGACCGAUAUUCAUCCUGAACGGAGCAGCCGGAACAGGCAAGAGCACCGUCGCAAAGACCGUGUGCGCUGCGCUGGAGGAAGGAGGCCGCCUCGGAGGCAGCUAUUUUUGUUCUCGCGGCGGGAAGGCUGGGCAGCGGGAUGUAAAGUCCAUCUUCCCCACACUUGCAUACACCCUAUCACAGCAUUCACCCGCAUUCGCCGCCGAAGUCGCUAAGGCUCUUGAGAAAGACCCAGAUGCCGCGAAAGCUGUGAUCAAGGAACAGUUCCGUGUCCUGAUCGCUAAACCCGCCGAGGUCGCAUUUACCACAGCAGACACGGCGCCGGUCGUUGUCAUCGAUGCUGUCGACGAACUGGAGUGGCCUCGCAGCAAUAACGGUCCUACACCGCACGAUCUCCUGGAUAUCAUCGUAGACCAGGCGCCUCAGCUGCAUCUCAAGUUCUUCGUAACCAGCCGACCGGAGGAUGGCCUAAGGGACAUGUUUGGGCCUCCCGACUCGGACUCGCGCAAGCAUGUGCGGCUUCAUGACAUCGACCGCCACGUCGUCGACGCCGACAUCCGAGGAUAUCUGACAGCAGAACUCGACACCGUUGGGGCAUUCAGAGAGGAUAUCAGCGCUCUUGCGGAUCGUUCUGAAGGCCUGUUCAUCUACGCGGCCACCGCAUGCAAAUACAUCAAAGCGCGUAACGUAUCAGUGCCUCAGGGAAGGCGGCUCCAAAUACUCAUCUCCUCACGUGCGAACGCCCCCACUGGUAUCGAUAAGAUGUACGAAUACAUCCUCGAGCAGGCUUUAGAGGCGGAGGGCACCGAGGCGGAGAUGGUUCUGCGGUGCUUACACGCCGUCCUCUGCGCGCGCAAUCCCCUCUCUGUCACCGAGGUCGCGCACUUGCUACGCCUCACUGACCCUGAAUACGUCCGCUGUGCACUGGUCGCUUUGCAUUCCGUCAUCAGCGUCCCCGACCGUGACGAUCUCCCAGUGACGACAUAUCAUGCUUCCUUCGCCGACUAUCUCAUUACGCGCACACGGUCUGGAUCGAAGCGAUGGGCUGCAGACACCGGAGCGACGCAUCGCGACCUCUUCCUCGGGUGUUUCGAGAUCAUGAACUCUAGCCUUCGCUUCAACGUGUCGGGUUGUGGCACAUCGUACGCUAGCAAUGCAAAGCAGCCGUCGCGUCAAGACCUCCCUUCGUAUCUUGUUUACGCGUGUCGAUUCUGGAUCGAACACCUGACCAUGUCGUCCAUCUCGGAGGAACAAGCGACUCAAGAUGUCUGUGCUUUCUUUGGAAAGCAGUUCCUAUACUGGCUGGAGGUGCUGAGUGUCUGUGAUCACGCAAAGGUAGCGUCGUUACUGGUCAAGAGGUUGGAGGUCUGGCUCCGGGACAAGCAAACCGAACCAAACGCGGACAGCACGGACGUGUUGGCACGAUGUCUGCGAAUUUUGCAGGAUGCGUAUGACUUCCUCAUUCGUUUCCGGAGACCGAUUCUCCACAGCGUCCCACACAUAUACAUCUCGGCUCUCGCGUUCACACCUCCGGAGUCGGAGAUCGGUCAAGCAUAUCUCGGUCUGCUCGAGCGUCGACUGAAGGUGGAUACUGCACGACAGCUCACACCGUUGCCCCUCCUUGACAUACACGAGCAUUCCCGGACAUUACAUAUGCAAUACCAUCGAGCACUAGCCUUCUCAGCUGACAGCAGGUGCAUCGUGUCUGCCGCAGAUUGCGACGUCUGCCGCUGGGAUGCAAGGACAGGGGAGUCAAUUGGCCAGCCGCAGCAGGGACCUGACAUUCCGCAUUCUCGCCUCGCGCUCUCACCGGACGGAUCUCGCGCUGUAUCCUGGUCCGAGAGUACUGGCUGUGUCUGGGACACUACAUUGGAUCACCCCAUUGGACGGUCGCUCAAAGUACCUACGGAUGCCACAUCCGUAAGCUUGGUUGUGUUCUCGCCCGAUGGCAAGUGCGUCGCCGCAGCCGGUAUCACAAUGGCGGAAGGCCGUGACUUUGUCAUUUGUAAAUGGGACGCAGCCACGGGUGACCCCAUCGGCCAACCGCUUGAACUGGCAGGAUCGGCGCUCAAAGGCGGGCUUUCAUUGAUUGCAUUCGCGCCCGAUUACAAGCGCAUCGCUGCGACAUAUCCCCGUGACAAUCUUGGCCUUGGAAAGUUGACCUUGUGGGACGCAGAGACUGGCGCUGCAAUUGUAGAAGAAUUCGCAGACGUGAAUUCAGCCGUCUUCUCACCAGACAGCGCAUUCGUUGUGUACGGGGAACUCGGGGGUGCUAUCCAUGCCAGGGACGCGGAGACUGGUGAUGCAAUCGGACAGCCGCUCAAUGGACACACAAUGACAGUAUGCUCGCUCGCAUUCUCGCUGGAUGGCAAGUUCAUUGCGUCCGGGUCGUUUGAUACCACGGUCCGCGUCUGGUCCUUCGAGCAUGGCAGACUUGCCGGUCAUCGGGUUCUGAAGGGACAUACAGCCUCCGUCGAAUCGGUCGUCUUCUCGCUGGAUGGUCACCUCCUUGCAUCCACCUCGUCUAACGGGGACAUCUGUAUCUGGGAUGCAGCCCAGAAUACUACGGGGCACACGAAUCCAAUUGGCGAGCGGUCCGGGCACAUUGACGUCGGCGUGGAGGUGGUCGCGUUCUCGCCGAACGGCAGACAGCUUGCAUCUGCAUCGCGAGACGGAACUGUUUGUAUCUGGGAUGCACAUACGGGCGCUGCAGUCGGAGAGCCGCUGCUGGGACUAGGUCACGACUGUGGCUGCUGGCCAGUAGCCAUCGCAUUCUUGGUGGAUGACAACAAGACCAAUCUGGUAUCUUGUUCAACUCGGACGGGUGUGCAUCGUGGCCCUGCAAUCAAUGUGUGGGACGUGGAGGCGGCGAUCAACCCUGGUGAAUGGUCACACAAGGGAUACUGGGGAAAGGAUGGCCGUGCAUGCGCGCUCUCGCCGGACGGAAAGCGGAUCGCACUUGGGUUGGAGAGGCAGGAGGAGUCGUCCAUUGAGAUUGUCGAAUCGGCGACGUGCGCCCACGUCGUGGACAUCGACAUGUCCUUGUCAGCUCCCUACGAGGGAGAUGCCCAAGCCGACUAUCGCGUGUUGAAAUCCGCCACGUUCUCGCUGGAUGGCAGGUUCAUUGCAGUCUGCUUCAACGAUGCCACCAUUCAGGUUUGGGAGACAGACACUGGUACCCGGUUUGCGCCGCCGCUCGAGGUAGACAAGUGGCGUGGGGGGAGCGUCGCGUUGUCACCCGAUGGCAAGCUCCUUGCGUAUCCAGACUCCCGCUCGGAGCAUCGUAAUGUUCGCAUUUGGAAUCCCCAAACCCAUAUCGAGCAGUCAUGUAUGGAACACACAGGCGUAGUCACGUCACUCGCGUUCUCGCCGAACGGGAAGCACGUCGCGUCCGCGUCGUGGGACGAUGCGGUUCGCGUCUGGGAUGUUCAGACGGGUGAUCUGGUCCUACCGCCUCUCAGAGGACACACACGUACAGUGUGGUCAGUCGCAUUCUCGCCGGACGCUCGGCACAUCGCAACCUGUGGACGCGACAAAAGUAUCCGUAUCUGGGACGUGACCGUUGGGGCAUCGCAUGCACCCCAGAUCGUGACUGGAUCCGACUCACCCUCCCUCAUCGAUCUCUGGGAGUCGCAUGGUGCGGGGUUCGAUAUGUCAUACAACGGAUGGAUCAUCGGCCCUCAGGAAGAGCUCUUUCUUUGGACCCCCCCUGAAUAUCGCACUGGCUUGUCGUGGCCUCGCAUGACUGCAGUCAUGGGCAUGCAUCCCGUUCGUCUCGACCUCCGCCAGUUCGCACAUGGCUCGACGUGGACAGAAUGUUGGAGUUCGGCGUGAAGUUGCAGACAUGAUGGUGUGUGCUAUGUCUGAGGACUCGGCCCUGCCGCUAUGAAGGACUGCAAAUUGGCGUAUUCGGCUGAAUGGGCUGAUGUGGAGGUGCUUACAUUACAACGCAUACACAUGUGUAUAUAGACCCCGAUCGAGAUGAUGCUGUGGUGGAAACAUGGAAGAUCUUGACCUUGAUUACGCGAUACCGCUCGCCCUCCUUUACGAGCAUACUUAUGUACGUUC